AUGGGAGAGUAUUCAAAAGCACUUUCAUUUUACGAAAAAGCCCUUGGAAUUUGUCAAAAAAGUCUUCCUUCAAAUCAUCCUCUGGUGGCUACGUCAUUCAGUAACGUUGGUAGUGUGUAUGACAACAUGGGAGAAGACUCGAGAGCACUUUCAUCUUACGAAAAAGCACUCGAAAUUCGAGACAAAUCUCUUUCUUCAAACCAUCCUGAUUUGGCUAAUUCAUACAACAAUAUCGGUAAUGUGUAUAAAAACAUGGGAGAGUAUUCAAAAGCACUUUCCUUUCACAAAAAAGCACUUGAAAUUGAACAAAAAACACUUCCUUCAAAUCAUCCUUCGUUGGCUACUUCAUAUAACAACAUCGGUACUGUGUAUGACAACAUGGGAGAAUACUCGAAAGCACUUUUAUUUCACGAAAAAGCACUUGAAAUUGACCAAAAAGCGCUUCCUUCAAAUCAUCCUGAUUUGGCUACUCCAUACAAUAACAUCGGUUUGGUGUAUAGAAAUAUGAAAGACUAUUUAAAAGCACUGUCUUAUUUAGAACGUGCUUUGGAUAUAUUCCAACAUACAUUACCUCCAACUCAUCCUAAUAUAAAAAGUGUGAAAAAGAAUAUUGAAACCGUAAAAGAAGAUAUGACAAUGAAUGUUUGA